GUUUAAACAGUGGCUCACUCUGCGAGCGUCAGUUCCUCGUGUGGCGGCUCUUUAAGCAGCGACAGCUUUGAACUCUGCUUCAUAUUUUACACAGCAGGAGUUUGAAUAGCGAAGAAGCGGCGGGGGAACUUUUACCCAGCUUCAGUCGGUGUUUUCCCACAGAGUCAGAGAAGACGAUUUAAAGGUGUUUCCAAGGAAGAGAGUCAUGUUUUGAACCAGGGCAUCCUCAUGGCUGUCAGCGUUCCCCGCCGCCUGUCUGCUCACACGAUGACCUCUGGAGGCGCCGACUGCCUCAUGUUCCCCGGCAGCUCCCUGUUCACCCCGCACUAAACGGGCACGUCCACCUACAGCCAAACAGGCACGAAUGACAGCAUGGCCCCCAACGAAUCAUGCCCCAAUACCAACUGCAGCAACGCCGACUUCGUGAACGAAGGGACCAACCUGGCAACGAGCAUCUUCAUGUUCCUGUGCGGCGUGGCGGGCAACCUGCUGGCCCUCUUCAUCCUGGGCGUGCACCAGAAGGAGCACCGCUCCCGCUCGUCCGUGUUCUGCAUCCUGGUGACGGGCCUGGUCCUCACCGACCUGCUGGGCACCUGCCUGCUCAGCCCGCCCGUCUUCUUCUGCUACGCCCGCAACGUGUCGCUGGUAAAGAUGGGCGGCACCACGCUGUGCGACCUGUUCGGCUUCGCCAUGAUCUUCUUCGGCCUGACCCCCAUGCUCAUCCUGUGCGCCAUGGCGGUGGAGCGCUGCCUGGCCAUCAGCCACCCCUACUUCUACUCCGUGCACAUACGCCGCCGAUUUGCCAAAUUCACUCUUUUAUUAAUCUAUGUCUUUUCGUUCGCGUUCUGCCUCCUGCCCUUCAUGGGCUACGGCAAGUUCAGGCAGUACUGCCCCGGGACGUGGUGUUUCAUUGACAUGGACGCGGUGGGGGAGAAGUCCAAGCUGGUGCUGGCCUUCUCCCUGUCCUACUCCUCCCUCAUGGCGCUGCUGAUUUUUGCGGUGUUCCUCUGCAACGGCUCGAUGUUCGUCAGCCUGUGCGAGAUGCACCGGAGCCAGAAGACGCGGCGGCGCGGCUCGGUGGCGUCGACGGGGAGGAGGAGGAGGCUGAGCCUGGCCUGGUUCGGUCGGGGGGAGGAGGAGAUGGACCACCUGGUGCUGCUGGCGCUCAUUACCGUCAUCUUCGUCAUCUGCUCCGUUCCUCUCAUCAUUGCAGGCUUCAUCAAUGCCAUCCAUCCGUUCUGCAGUGACUGGAUGAACCUAAUAGCCUUCCGCUUCUACGCCUUCAACCCCAUCCUGGAUCCCUGGGUCUUCAUCAUCUGCCGCAAGUCCGUGUUUCGGCACCUUUACACGCUGCUGAGCUGCCGCUUCGGCCGAGGGGCCGUGAAGACGACGGCGCACUGCGCGCUGUCCCUGCCCCUGGACAGCAGCCACAUACAGCGCGAGCCUCCAGACGGGCCGCUUUCACAGACAAACAUGUUCCCCCGUUAAUCGCUUUGACGCAACAGGCGCAUUCCUUGAGGUGCGUGGGGCGACUGCCGGCCCAGAGACUUUCAGAUCUGAAAUGUGUCAGAUGGAAGCCUGGCAUUUGCAUACGGGACUAGAAUGACCUGUCACAGGAAAUCACCUGUCUAUGUAAUGACUGCUUCAACAGAUGACAAACCUCAGCGCGGAAGGAACCCUUGCACUUACACUGACUGAUGGAAACGGCCUUCAGAGGAGCUGGGAGAGUUGUGCCAUGAAAUGAAAAUGACACUGUAGCCUGGAAUGUAAGUCAUAUACUGUAGAACCAACAGUAUUUACCACAAUAUCUCUCCAAUAUGCAUGGAUGUACUCUGUUACUUCGUCUCAGUCGACCUUUCUCUUGAGUAGCAGGUUCAGCUUCCAUGUCUACAGUGAAUCCAUGUGAAGAUGAACCUUACUUCCUUUCUAUUGCUGAUGAUUUCACACCUGUAACAGAUGUUCAAGAUGUGCAGUAACCUGAACUGUCGAAGCAACGUUAGCUCAGUUCAUGGAUAUCUAAACCAAAUGUCAUGGCAGAGGAGAAAAACGGGGCCGGUGGCCUUUAUUCUACCAGCUACGUCAAUGUCUGUUCGUGUUUUUACGCCUAUGGACCCAUUAAUCCUGUGAAAUUCCAUCGGAACGCAAUAGUUCAGAUCUGUGACUGCUGAUGUUGCUAAAAAGUGCUUUUAAAAGCACAAGCGUUGAAUGUUGGACUGGGGAUUCCUUGGCGUCAUACCUACAACAUGGUCAUAGUCCUGCUGGACUCGCUUGUCUGCAUCAUUCUGUUGCUCAGGCCGCUCUUAGAACAUAAUCAAUAAUCCAUGUGUGCUUCCUGACACACAUCCAUAACCUGUUCACGAGGAACAUAGAGUGUACAGUCCAGUCACAAAUGUGUCGUUCUGAUUAUUGUGGUCAGUUUAAAUGUAUAAAGGGUCCAAGCACUCCAGCAUUAACUUAUUCCUUAUGUUAUAGGGAGUUAAAUUAGACUGAGGAGGUUCAGAUGACUGACAGUGUGUGAACCAAACAGACUUUUUUAAACCAAGCUGAGGUUUUAGAGGCUGCUUUAGCGUCAGACUUGGCUCGAUGCCACUUCCUGUGCAGCCAGUGAUGCUGCUUAAUCAUCACCUCGCUCCCGUCUAAACUAUGUAGAAUUAAUAUAUGUUCCUUGAAGAGCCUCUUGAAAGCACCCUGCUGCUGUGAAACGCACUGAGCUUGCGUGGUGGGUUUUGUUUGUAUUGUGGUGUUGCUGCAUUUGAAUGUACGUAUUUAUGCCUUUUCCCUGCGCUGUCUCGUUUUGUAUCUUUGUGAUUCUUGCACAGAUAACAGACGUGGUGACUGUGGUUCUGUUUUGGUGUUUGCCCAGGUUGCAUGUUCACUUUUUUUAUUUGCUUCACAGUCCUUGAUGACAACACCUCACCACUUGCACAUUUUGUUUCAACAGGGUAAUUAUUUGAAGUGUACGCCCAUCAUAAUAAAAGAAAUUAUAAAAGUAGUGUUUAUUACACUGUGUAUAUUUUAUUUGUGAAAUACAAUAAAAUCUGUCACACUUUUGUCUUUA